GCAUAGGCGAUAUCCCUGAGCUGAGAGCAUCUCCCUGUCCCCGAAUCCUUCCCUCUGUUUUGUUUUUCAUUCCUUCCUCCCUUCCUCCCCCUUCCAGUCCGCGACGACUGGCUCUUGACCCCGUUCAGGCCUCGGUGAAGGCUUUUGGUUACUCCCUUUCCACCCCAUCCCUUAAUUUUAUUCUUUUGAAGAGUCUGCAUUUCAAGCUGCCAAGGUGGAGAGUGUGAUUGCAGAAGGGAGUACUACUCAUUUCAGAAAAGGUGUGCCAAACCUGAGAGCACCAGGAAGUCGCAUGAGAGAUCACCUGAUACACGAACGUGUGAUGUUCCAUCUGCGCGUUGAUGCAUAGGCAGCAUUUACAAAUUAACUGAUGUAUUGCUCUGUAUCAUCUCUUUGAUGAUUGCUCAUCUUCUAUGUAUCCUGUCAUAUAAUUUCAACAUAUUUGUGAUACUCAAUGUUUAUUCUAAAUUAACCAUGUUUUGUGCCACAAACACAUUACCUAUGGAUCUCUUGCUGAAACAAGGAAGUCUUAAACAAGAAGUAGAAUCUUUUUGUUAUCAAAUUGUGUCUGAAUCAAAUGAUCAAAAGGUUGGAAUAUUACAAAGUGAGGAUGAACAAUUGCAGCCUUCAGUUUCUAAAAAAUCAGAAGGUGAGCUUUCCAGGGUCAAAUUUAUGUCCAAUUCCAACAAAAUAACAACAUUUAGUAAGAAACCAAAAAGAAGAAAAUAUGAUGAAAGUUACUUGUCUUUUGGAUUUACUUACUUUGGAAAUAGAGAUGCACCUCAUGCUCAGUGUGUGUUAUGUAAGAAAAUUUUAUCAAAUAGUUCUUUGGCCCCUAGUAAGCUUCGAAGACAUUUGGAAACUAAACACGCUGCAUAUAAAGACAAAGACAUAAGCUUUUUCAAGCAACAUCUUGAUUCACCUGAAAAUAAUAAACCCCCAACACCUAAAAUUGUCAAUACAGAUAAUGAAAGUGCUACAGAGGCAUCAUACAAUGUAAGUUACCAUAUAGCCUUGAGUGGAGAGGCUCAUACUAUUGGAGAAUUACUCAUCAAGCCUUGUGCUAAAGAUGUCGUGAUGCGGAUGUUUGAUGAACAAUAUAGUAAAAAAAUAGAUGCAGUACAACUAUCAAAUAGUACUGUUGCACGUCGAAUUAAAGAUCUUGCUGCUGACAUUGAAGAAGAGCUUGUUUGUAGACUGAAAAUUUGUGAUGGGUUUUCACUGCAACUAGAUGAAUCAGCUGAUGUUUCAGGACUUGCUGUGCUGCUUGUUUUUGUUCGUUACAGGUUUAAUAAAUCUAUUGAGGAAGACCUACUCUUAUGUGAAUCUUUGCAAAGUAAUGCUACUGGUGAAGAAAUUUUCAACUGCAUCAACAGUUUUAUGCAGAAACAUGAAAUUGAAUGGGAAAAAUGUGUUGAUGUUUGUAGUGAUGCCUCUAGGGCAAUGGACGGGAAAAUUGCUGAGGCUGUCACCUUGAUAAAAUAUGUGGCUCCCGAAAGCACCAGUAGUCACUGCCUAUUAUAUAGACAUGCACUAGCAGUUAAAAUAAUGCCUACAUCUCUGAAAAAUGUGCUAGAUCAGGCAGUACAGAUCAUCAAUUACAUUAAAGCUCGACCACAUCAAUCUAGGCUACUAAAAAUUUUAUGUGAGGAAAUGGGUGCCCAGCACACAGCACUUCUUCUGAAUACAGAGGUGAGGUGGCUUUCCCGAGGUAAAGUUCUUGUAAGACUUUUUGAGCUCCGUCGUGAACUAUUGGUUUUCAUGGAUUCUGCUUUUCGACUGUCUGAUUGUUUAACAAAUUCAUCUUGGCUGCUAAGACUUGCAUAUCUUGCAGAUAUUUUUACUAAAUUAAAUGAGGUAAAUCUAUCAAUGCAAGGAAAAAAUGUGACAGUUUUUACAGUAUUUGAUAAAAUGUCAUCAUUGCUAAGAAAAUUGGAAUUUUGGGCUUCAUCCGUAGAAGAAGAAAACUUUGAUUGUUUUCCUACUCUCAGUGACUUUUUGACCGAAAUUAAUUCUACAGUUGAUAAAGAUAUUUGUAGUGCCAUUGUGCAGCACCUAAGGGGUUUGCGCUCUACUCUGUUAAAAUAUUUUCCUGUAACAAAUGACAGUAACACUUGGGUUAGAAAUCCAUUUACAGUAACUGUUAAACCAGCUUCAUUAGUAGCACGGGACUAUGAGAGCCUGAUUGAUUUAACAUCUGAUUCUCAAGUGAAACAAAAUUUCAGCGAACUUUCACUAAAUGAUUUUUGGAGUAGCCUAAUUCAAGAGUACCCAAGCAUUGCAAGGCGUGCAGUUCGUGUUCUUCUUCCUUUUGCUACAAUGCACCUGUGUGAAACAGGAUUUUCAUACUAUGCUGCAACAAAAACGAAAUACAGGAAAAGACUUGAUGCCGCACCUCAUAUGCGGAUUCGACUUAGCAACAUUACACCUAAUAUUAAGCGGAUAUGUGAUAAAAAGACACAAAAACACUGUUCUCAUUAAAAUUAGAGGGUUUUGCAUGUCUCUUGAUAACCAAGUAUAAGAUGAAAAUAAAAGAUGAUUUACUUCA